AUGGCCUCGGUUCAAGUUGCAAGUGAACAGUGCGGCAUACCCGAAUCGGAAGAUCAACAGAGUAAGAUCGACGUGAAUAUCUUCUCUGUUUUACCAAAUGUUGCACAUAUACUAGAGGUUGCGAACGAAGAAGAAUCCGCCUGGGCUAAAGCAAUGCGGAUCAGAGUGCAGAACACCAAUGGAGAUGAGUAA